AUGUAUCAAAAAGAUCAAAAAGUAUUUUACGUUACUGGUGCUUCAAAAGGCUUUGGAUUAUCUUUAACCAACCAAUUACUUGAAAGAGGUUUUAAUGUUGCUGCAACUUCAAGAACAAAAGAGCAAUUAAUUAAAGCUGUAAACAGUAAACUUAUCACAGAAGAAAACUUUAUAGCAUUACAAGUAGAUCUUACAUCUGAUGAAUCUGUUAAAAAAUCAAUUGAACAUACCAUUUCUAAAUUUUCUCGUAUUGAUGUUAUCAUUAAUAAUGCUGGAUAUGUUCAAUGUGGUACCAUUGAAGAAUUAAGUGAUAAAGAAGUCAGAGAUAACUAUGAAUGUAACUUGUUUGGUGUUAUCUCUGUAAUUCGUCAUGCUAUCCCUUAUCUUCGUAAAAACAAAUUCUUUGCAAAUGGUCCAAGAAUUAUUAAUAUUAGUAGUAUUGCAGGUUAUAGUGGAGCUUCACCAGCAUUCAGUAUUUAUUCAUCCACAAAGUUUGCUUUAGAGGGUUUAACCGAGGGUUUGAAUGCAGAUUUAAAGGAAUUUGGUAUUCAUGUUUCAUCUGUAAAACCCGGUUAUUUUAGAACAUCAUUCUUUGAAAAAGGUUCAGUUUCCAUUCCAUUAAAUCCAAUUAAUGAAUACACAGCUGUUAGACAAGUUCAAGAUUUACAUGCAAAUCAAAUUAAUGGUAAUCAAGCUGGUGACCCCGAAAAAGGUAGCAAAGUUAUCAUUGAUCAUGCUUUAUCUGAAAACCCAACAGUUCACCUCUUUUUAGGUCCAGAUUCAAUUAAAUAUGCCUAUCUUAAAAUUGAAUCCAUUCAAAAUGAUAUUAAAUUAAACAAUGAAGCUGCAUCCUCAACAGAUUUCACAAACUAA